AUGGAGCAAAGAAAUGCUCAAGAAAUUCAACCGAGGUCGGUCAAAUUUGGUCUACAAUCAUCGUUACUGGGGAGACAUGGAUCUAUUCGUAUGAGCCCGAAAAUAAACAAUAAUCCACUGUUUGGAAACUUUUCCAGCAGCCUACGUACUUUACCAGAUUUUACGUGGGACGCUCUGCUGAAACAUACUCGCAUAAAUUUCGAACUGCUCAUUGACAUCGAUAUGGUGAUGUUUAUCGAGCGCGGUGUACGCAGCGGUCUAGUCAAUGUUCCAGAAGAUUCAAGGUCAUUUCAAAGUCAAGUGGAGAGAAAACCUUCGAAAAAAUCCAAAAAAAUUCAUGGGUAUGUUUUUGAGGUCCCCGAAUCCGAAUCCAUAAAUUGUUUAAACCCGCGACCUAUCCUAGAGGUCAUACAAGGUCAUUCUAAGAAUUUAGGUUUGGUUGCAACCAGGGCACCUCCCCGUGGUGACGGUGUGCAACGGAGUUGUCUCACUAUCCGGCGAAGUCCCUGGGUUACGGCGAUUAUGCCGUCAUGGCAACUAAACGUAGAAAAUUUACGAGACAGGGUUUCGGAUACCCAGAAUCGGCGGCUGGUCAGGGUGGGGAAGCGGACCCGCAGGCGUCGUCAUCAAGCGACCGUAGCUCUACAGUGGUGGAAAACUUGGCCUCUUAUUGAUACAAGUUCAUUGGACAACUCAUAUACUCCCAAAACUAUAUGUUCGAGAUGCCGUAGUGUUCUUAAUGAAAUUAACAAGCAGGUAUUUUCUAAACCAAUGAUAUGGAGAUCCCCAACAAAUCAUGCUACCGACUGUUUCUUCUGUUUAACAAACGUGAAAGGUUACAACCGAAAGAAUAAAAAUUUAAUUUCAUAUCCACAAGUCAGAUCUGUGAAUUUUCCAGUUCCUAUUCACACGAAUACUAAUGAUAGCAAGGAAAUAAAUGAAGAGGAACUGGAAGAUUUAAAUGAUGAAGAUUUGUUAGAUGGAUCAUUGGAAUGUGAUGAGAAUUUGUGA